AUUUGAUCAUGUGACUGACUGCUCGGUCAAUGAUGAUGUGAUUUCAAGUCACGUGAUCCAUACCAACUGCGUGCGCAUCUCAAUAGGCAGCCACACAUUCUGCUACUGCUCUUGACAGCUAAGAUCACCUGGCAAAAAAAGUAGAGUGUUUUCAUUAUGGCAUUGAACGGCAUACGAGUGGUGGAACUGGCGGGCUUGGCGCCGGCGCCAUUUUGCGGGAUGAUCCUGGCUGACUUUGGCGCAAAGGUGAUCCGUGUAGACCGCACCAAGGCCGGAGUCUCUAUGGACACGCAGGCCCGUGGCAAACGCUCAGUGGCAAUCAACCUAAAGACUUCUGAGGGCGUCGCCGUACUUCGGAACCUCUGCGUCCAGUCGGAUGUUGUCCUGGAGCCCUACCGCAAAGGUGUGAUGGAAAAAUUCGGUCUUGGUCCUGAGGAGCUGUUAAAGGAAAAUCCUGGUCUAGUGUACGCACGCCUGACAGGAUACGGACAAAGCGGAAUGUACUCCACGGCAGCCGGACAUGACAUCAACUACCUGGCUAUGUCAGGGCUUUUAUCCCGUCUGGGUCGCAGCGGAGAGAAGCCAUACGCGCCGCUGAAUCUCUUAGCAGACUUUGCGGGCGGCGGGCUCACCUGCGCCCUUGGUAUUGUGCUGGCGUUGCUGGAGCGGACAAAAUCUGGGAAGGGACAGAUCAUCGACACUAGCAUGGUGGAAGGAGCUGCCUAUGUGGGCUCGUUUGUGUGGAAAUCUCGCAGCAUCGGCUUAUGGGAUCGUCCACGUGGGGAGAACAUGUUGGACAGUGGGGCUCCUUUCUACAACACGUACCGGACAGCCGACGACAGACACGUGGCCGUGGGCGCCAUUGAGCCGCAAUUCUACAAGCAACUGUUGAGAGGUUUAGAAUUGGAUGAGAACCAGUUACCACCUCAGAUGAGCUUUUCAGACUGGCCAGAACUCCGGCGGCUCUUCUCUGAACGCUUUGCUUCAAAGACACAGGCGGACUGGUCUCAGAUUUUCGACGGGACGGACGCCUGCGUGACGCCUGUGUUGUCAUUCGACCAAGUGAGUUCCCAUCCGCACAACAACGAGAGGGCAUCUUUCGUGAAGGACUCCAAUGGGGAGGAAAGCCCACGGCCUGCUCCACUCCUCUCCCGGACCCCCGCAGAGGCUUGCGUUGACCCUGGUCCGCUUAUCGGAGAACACACUGUGGAGAUCCUGAAAGAGUAUGGGUACAAAUCUUCAGAAAUUGAAAAGAUGCUCACUGCGGGUGUUGUGGAGUGUAACACCACAAAGGCAAAACUGUAAGGGAUACUUUUCUUUUAUUUGGUGAAAGGAAUAGUCAAUACAGUUGAACUCUAACCUCAUAAUGAGGACCAGACAUAAUAAUUAAUAAUGUCAUAAUGCAAUGAUGAAGACUGUGUGCACUGGAUUUUUCAUCACGUAAUAAAGCAAUUUAAGGCAAAAUUGAAUGCACCAAUGUAAAAACUGCUAUCAUCACACCCAUUCUCAGGAAACCUGGCUUUGAUCCCACCAACUUCAAUAAUCUCCAGCUCACCUCCAAUCUAUCCUUAAUUUCCAAAAUUCUUGAAAAGUCAGUUGUUUCUCAACUCCAUAAACCACCUUAUCACCAAUAUUAUUUACAAGCAGUUUCAAUCAGAUUUCCGCCCCCUUUGCAUUACUUAAACUUACUAACGACCUCCUUGUAGCUUCUGAUUCUGGUUUACUCUCAAUUCUUGUUCUUUUAGACCUUACAGCUACCUUUCUCACACUCUUGUUCUUGGCCAACUUUCUCCAAUUGGUUGCACCCACACACCCCACGCUUGGUUUACCGCCCUACUUGUCAGGCCGCAUACAAUUUGUUAAAUUUGGCCCACACCAAUCCAAAUCGUUCCCUGUUCGGGCCACUCCUCUUUAUCAUCUACAUUCUCCCCUUGAUUCCAUAAAUACAACAUCCACUUUCACUGCUAUGUGAAUAGCACCAAACUCUGCUUUCCUCAAAACCAACCUCCUCCCUUCCACCCACCUCUCUCACCCUCUGCUCAUAACACAAUAACUCGUAGUUAUUUUCAAACUUCCUACUACUCAAUAGCUCGUACUCAAAAGUCAUUCUUGUAGGUAUCACCAUGCUUCACAGUGGGGAUGGUGCGUUUUCAGUGAUGUGCAGUGUUUGGUUUUAGCCAAACAAACAUUUUGAAGCAUGGUGGAAGCCUCAUGCUGUGGGGAUGUUUCUCAGUAGCUGGACCUGGAAGGCCUGUAAAGAAUGUCUAACAGAAAUACAGCUUGGGAGAAGAUUUUUUCCAGCAAGACAAUGAUCCAUAAAUACCGUAUUGGCCCGAAUAUAAGACGGCCCUGAUUAUAAGACGACCCCCUCUUUUUCAAGACUCAAGUUUGAAAAAAGACUUUUUGAACAGUAAAUUAAUUUUUAUACAGAAAAUAAUUACAGUACAUUUGAAACAAAUGGUUAUGACAAUAUAUUUCAGAGAAAAAACAUUUUAUUUUGCCUCAUUCAAAUCUUAAUAUCUGAACAUUUAUAUAUGUAAACUAAACUGCAAUCACAUUCGUAAAUGAAUGGCCUCUGGUUUUUGAAGUGUAAAUAAACCAAUCUAUUGUGAUAAAACAAAAUUGCAAUAGCUGCAUUAACCAUUAAAGUGAAGUCGAACUGUAACUGUAGUCUUGAAACAAAUCUGAAUAAGGUAAAACAUUGCAAUAAAAUAAUGCAAACUAGUAGCUGAGAUCUGUCGUGACAAAACAUCGCUUCAAUGAUAUCUGGUGCCAUCUAGCGACGUGAACGGGGAGAGUAGCUGAGAUCUGUCAUAACAGAACGUCGCUUCGAUGAUAUCUAGCGUCGUGAAUGGGUAUAAUGUCUAGACUGCGAAUAUAAAACGACCCCCUCUUUUUCAAUCUUAUUUCAAUGCAAAAAACACCGUCUUAUAUUCAGGCCAAUACGGUAAAUAAAUAAAAAAUAGCAUUAACAAAGUUAAAUGUUUUAGAAGUAAAAUGUAACGUUUUAAUAAAGGUCUAUUUUAAACAAA